UACACUGCUGUAGUUUCAGUCAAAGACAUUGUGAGGAAGAGUCAAAUAUCUUAAUGCGCAUGAUCAAGUGUAUAAACACCACUUUCUCUUCUGUGUGUUCGGGCUUUUCCCCGGACAGCAGCAACGAUGCGGACUUCUGCGCCAGUGCAACUGUUCUUGUCUCUUUUAUUACUGUUUGGAUGCAAAGGCGCAGCUGGUUUCGCGUGCCCGAGGAUCUGCCGCUGUUUAUCUAACACCAUCAGGUGCAACAACGUGACAGAAGGCUCUACUCCGAUGAUGGGUCACAGAUAUAAAAGGCUGUUUCUCUAUCACUUGUCACUUCGCACCAUUUCCAGCCAUUCUUUUGAAGGUUUGACGGGAGUCCAGAGGAUUGAUAUUGCUCAGAGUGUAAGCCUGGAAACCAUUGAGACACUGGCGUUUAAUAACCUCCUCAACGUCUCUGAAAUCUCAAUCCACAACACCAGGAAUCUGAUGCACAUUGGCAGAAGGACAUUUAAUAACCUUCCUAAACUACAUUACCUGAGCAUCUCAAACACUGGGAUAACACAUUUCCCUGACAUUACAUCCAUCCAUUCUCUUGAAUCAGAGUUCAUCUUGGACAUCUGUGACAACCUGUAUCUGUUGGAAAUACCUUCAAAUUCUUUCAAUGGAAUGACAAAGGAAUACAUCACAAUGAACCUGUAUAACAAUGGCGUCAAAGAAAUACACGACCAUGCCUUCAAUGGAACAAAGAUAGAUAAGCUAGUGUUGAAGAAAAACCGAAACCUCAGAGUAAUCCACAGAGACGCUUUCAAAGGAGCCAAAGGCCCUGGUGUCAUGGAUGUUUCUGCGACAGCUCUCGCACAAUUACCAUCACAGGGGCUGGAGUCAGUUCUGGUGUUGCUGGCUCGGUCGGCAUACACCCUGAGAAGUCUGCCUCCUCUGCAGGGGCUGUGGAGCCUGCGAGAGGCCCAUCUCACCUACAACAGCCACUGCUGUGCACUGCUGAACUGGGAUGCACAAAGGGACUUCCCAGUUAAUCCUUGGACAAAUGGCUCUAAGUAUUGUGGUGACAGUGAUCCAUCAGCAAGGGCUCAAGCCAUCGACCUGACAUUUUUCCCAGAUUACGACCUGUUUGCCAGGAACGAAGGUUUUGGUGAUGUAAACUUCCUCUAUCCAGAGCUCGACUUCUGUCAGACACAGCCGAGUUUGACUUGCACGCCUGAAGCAGAUGCUUUCAAUCCCUGUGAGGACAUUGCAGGUUUCAGUUUUCUCAGAGUGGCCAUUUGGUUCAUCAACAUUCUAGCUAUCGCAGGAAACCUGUCAGUGCUCCUGGUUUGCUUCACCAGCAGAAGCAAGAUGACGGUCCCCCGCUUCCUUAUGUGCCACCUGGCCUUUGCUGACCUCUGCAUUGGGGUCUACCUUCUGAUGAUCGCGACCGUUGACCUGCGUACGCGCGGCUUCUACAGUCAGCACGCGAUUGAGUGGCAGACGGGGCCGGGCUGUAGUGCUGCAGGCUUCCUGUCAGUGUUUGGCGGUGAACUGUCCGUCUACACCCUCUCCACCAUCACCCUGGAGCGUUGGCACACCAUCACUAAUGCUUUGCAGGUGGAGCGCCGCCUCACACUUUCGCAGGCAGCAAGUAUAAUGGCAUUUGGUUGGGUCAUCUGUUUGGGGAUGGGGAUUCUGCCCCUGAUUGGUGUGAGCAGUUACUCCAAAGUCAGCAUGUGCUUACCAAUGGACAUAGAGACACAUUUGGCCCAGGCCUUCAUCAUAAUUAUCCUGCUCUUCAACGUGGGCACCUUCGUCGUUGUGUGUGUUUGUUAUGUGCUGAUCUAUCUGGCUAUAAAACACCCAGAAUUCCCCGGAAGAAGUGCGGACACCAAGAUUGCAAAGCGCAUGGCUGUGCUCAUCUUCACUGACUUCCUCUGCAUGGCACCUAUCUCCUUCUUUGCUAUCUCCGCUGCGUUCAAAGUCCCCCUCAUCACAGUCACCAACUCCAAGAUUCUGCUGGUGCUCUUCUUCCCCAUCAACUCUUGCGCCAAUCCGUUCCUCUACGCCAUCUUCACCAAGGCUUUCAGAAAGGAUGCACUUCAGCUCCUGAGCACUGCGGGCUGCUGCGAAAACAAGGCCCGCAUUUACCGCAUGGAGGCCUACUGUGCUGAAAACCCCGAUGACAAAGGAGCCCUCGCAGGAGUGAGGCUGGCUGCCUUGCAGCAGCAGAGCCAUGAUGUGAAGGAGGAAGAUGAGCUCAACUGAAAUCAACAAGGCAAUGUCAGAGAAAUAUGGGCCACGGUUUAGUUCAACGUUUUUUUGUUGAAAAUGUGAAAAAAGUGACAGGAGAUACUGAGUAAAACCAGUCCACAGAGGCUGCUCUUAAAGGUCCAGUGUAAAAGAAUCAGUGACACCUAAAGGUGAGACUUCUUAUUGCAGCAAAUUGACACCUAAUUAAGUAGUACUGUGGCCUUUGCACAGAAAAGGAUAUAAACACUCAGUGUGUUUACAUGUAACCAAAGGGGAAGCCAUUUUAAUAUUUAACAGCUACUCUGGGCAUUUAUAGCAGAAAUCCAUGAUUCAGUGCCUCUUAGUUAAACUGCCCAAUCUUUGAUAUCCACAGUGCUAAAUGUCACUUUCAUUCACGUGCAUAUUCACAGUGUAAGUUGUGGGCAUCUCCACAAUUCCACUUUGGCAUAUAUAUAUAUAUAUAUAUAUAUAUAUAUAUAUAUAUAUAUAUGUAUAUAUUUUCCAGUUCUACGAAGACGAAUGACUUGACCGCAGUUGGAAUCAUGACUAGUCAGUAAAUUAUAGAUAUUUCAAACUGGAAUUAUGCCAUAGGCAUGCUACCUCAAACUACUUUCUUUGACAUACUAUUUCAAUGUAUGUAAAAAAAAUUAAGUAAAUAAAUCUGUAUCCAAAACUGACCACUGGGUGGAAGAGUUACACAACUGAACUGCUCCAUGGCUUUUAUAUUUUAUAUUAUUAUAUUAUUUUUAAAUGUCUUUGAGGGAUCUUGUCAAUAAAAUAAUUCACGCAGUCUAUGUGUUAGUAGGCCACAUGUACUGCAUAUACGAUGUUUGUUAUUAUUAUGUAAUAUGUGUAAGGUGGCAUUUGUUUCUGUUUUCAUAAGAAGAAAAAAAUACAUUAUAGUGAAACUUGAAACAAAAAUAAUAAAAAUA